UUCUCUCCUGCCUGCUCGGUGUUGGAUGAGUUCUGUCUGUGCUGCGGUGUGUUGUGGCUGUUAGCUCCUGUUAGCGGCUGUUUUCUCCGCCACAUUUCUGCACCAUUUCAUCACCAGCUCGCCGCUGGAAACAUUAACCGACCUCUCUGCUGGAUAAAUAACCGCCGAGCCGAGCAGGAAUCAUGUCCACCGCCCUGGAGAGCUACAUCAACCGUACUGUGGCCAUCAUCACCUCAGACGGCAGGAUGAUCGUGGGCACACUGAAGGGCUUUGAUCAGACCAUCAACCUGAUCCUGGACGAGAGUCACGAGCGGGUGUUCAGCUCCAGUCAGGGGGUGGAGCAGGUGGUGCUGGGACUCUACAUCGUCAGAGGAGACAACGUGGCGGUGAUCGGGGAGAUCGACGAGGAGACGGACUCCACUCUGGAUUUAGGAAACAUCCGAGCCGAACCGCUCAACUCUGUCGUCCACUGACCUCUGACCUCUGACCCCUCCCUCCCUCUCUGUCUCCAUGGCGACAGAUGACUGCAUGAGUCAGCUGUGUGUUGCAGGAGUCUGUUGUCAGAUGCAGGUUUCCUGAGUUCUCUGGCUCAAAACUGACUGAUGCUAAAUAAAAGUUAUGUGUAAGAAAUGUCUCCAGAAACGUCAGAGAAGCUUUUUCUUCCACUAACAGACUCCUGAGGUGUCUCUGUUUGGAUUUAUUCUUUUUUUUAUAUAUAUAAAUAAAGAUGUGAAUGGA